AUGCCAGUCUUUACCAUAUUUGGCUCCAACGAUAGUUCCAGAGAAACCUCUGAGAGCGACUCUGACGCAACCAGUGAUAGUGGGUCCACCAGAAGUGGAUCUGGUAGUGGCAGGAGCGAAAGCGGUUCCGGCAGUGGUAGCAAAAGCGGAUCUGGCAGCGGUAGCGACAGCAACAGUGAUGAUACCUCUGACAGUGGUUCUGGCUCUGGAUCUGACUCUGGAAGUCGAUCCGGCAGUGGCAGCGGAAGCGGAAGCAUUCUGACAGCAAUGACAAGUCGGAGAGCGGUGAUACAUCCAACAGUGGAUCGGGUUCUGGCUUUGGAUCUGGAUCCGACAGUGGCUCGGAUCUGGCUCUUGCAUGGAAGCGGCUCUGAUAGUGGAUCCGGCAGUGGAAGUGGUUCCAGAAGUGGAUCCACCAGCGGUUCCAAUGAUGAUACUGCCGAUGACGGCAGUGGCUCUUGCAGCGGUUCUGAGAGCGGCUAUGGAUCGGAUUCCGGCAGCGGCUCGGGCAGUGGAUCUGAUAGUGGAAGUGGCUCUGGAUCAGGUUCAGGCAGUGGCUCUGGAUCACCCAGUGGAUCAGGCAGUGGCUCUGAUUCCAAGUAUGGAUCUGGAUCUGGAUCUGGAUCUGGAUCUGGAUCUGGAUCUGGCAGUAGCAAAAAGAGUAGCUCUUCCAGCAAAAAGAGCAAGAGCAGCAGCUCCAGCAAGAACAAGAGCAAGGACCAAAGCGCCGCCAUUGCCCCCAGGAGUGAUGAUGAUGAUAGCUUGGAUGUCAGCACGGAUACUAGUUUGGAUGAAAGCAGUGGCAGCAAGAAAUCCAAAAGCGAAAAUUCCAACAAUGACAAGAUGGAGGGUAUGGAUGCUUGUAUCAUUGAAGAUAUGCCUAUUGCAUUGAGUUUGGAACAUUUUGUGGCCGUCACAACAUAUUACAGUUUGAUUGGAGACGAUACUACUUGUGAUACUAGUGACAGUCAUGAAUUGGACACUUCCAUUGGUUUCUUGGGAACCAAUUCCAUUUGCAAAUGGCAAUCCCAAUUCUUCCUUGGAAUCUGGUGCAACCGAGAAUUGAAGGUGGAAGAAGUUAGCAUUUUCAAUGUGAAUGGUUUGAAUGGAACCAUUCCAUCUGAGCUUGCCUUGUUGCAAAACUUGGAGAAACUUCACAUGUCUGGCUUGGGUGGAUCCUCGCCCAUGCCCAGUGAAAUUGGAAACUUGGAAAAGCUCCACACCCUCACGUUGCCCAAUGUUGGUUUCUAUGGAUCUGUUCCUACCAAAGUCGGUCAAUUGUUGUCCUUGCAAUCCAUGGAUUUUUUAAGCUUUUGCCAAGGCUUCAUCAGCGGUAUGACAAGUGUGGCAAGAGCGGAUCCAGGAUUUCACAUUGGAUGCUUGAUUUGGGUUGUGCUAUGGGGCAUCUUGAUUCAACACGUCGUGGGAACAGCAGGUUCUUCAAAUUGGGAGGUUUGGAACUUGGACUCUGCUCGAGUUGCGGAGCUCCCAUAA